AUGGAUAGCAUUACUGUUCAUACUGUAAAUCUGGCAUCCUCAAAUAGUGGCUAUAAACUUUAUGUAUGGUAUAAAAAAAAUACAUCCCAGUUAAUUGGUGGCCGAUCACGAUUAUGUCUGGUAGAUUUAGGACUUGGUGAGCGAACAUCAAAAGGUGAUGUACAAGCAAUGACUAUGCCUGUUAUCACCAAUCUAUUAGUUGCAUUAUUUCAAGGACAACGUUAUCUUCCAAGCAGACAAAGUCCAUUGUGUAUGUUAUUAAAAGAAUCAUUGGGUAGUGUACAAGUGAAAGCAUCACUUCUCUUCGCUUCACUUUCCGAUCGAAUUUCGGAAUCGGAAAAUAUUUUACAAAUGAUGUCCAAAAUACAACGUGCUGCUAAGCCACGAAAAACACAUCGUGCUGGAAGUGAUUCCUCCUCUUCCGAUUCCACUCGUCGAUGUCUGGCUGCAAAUAGUGAAGGUAAUUCAAGUUCAGAGCAGUCAUGCGCCGAAACAGUCAUUUUUCUCGGACCUUCUGUUAGGAUAGAACCAACUGCUGAACAACAGCCAAAGCGAAAGAUAAGUGGAAAUGGAAUUGAUUCGGUAAAACGAAAAAUGAUCCUGGAUUGGAUCAAAAAUACUCAGGAAAAUGGUUACUCUCAACCUACUAAGAUUAGUGUUUGUGUGCAGUGUAAUGAAGAUGACAUAGAUAUGGAAAAUAUGCAACAGUACGGUUAUCGACGACAGUUAGAUGAUAUUCUGGAAGAUGACGAAGAAGCAAGCGGAUGUCAUUCACCACGAAGCUUACCAACCGCUGAACAAUUUCUCGAAUCUUUCCAUAAUAUUGACACUCUUCAGCAGCCAUUGAGUAUUCUUAGCUUGGAUAAAAUUUCCGCUUCAACAUCCGGAAAAAGCACAUCUGAAAAUGAAGUGGAAGAUGACGAUUUAGAACGAGCGAUGGCUGCUAGUAUCAGUUCCAUUCGUUCACAUGAAAUACUUUCACGAUUAAAUGAUGACUUAUCAGAAAUUCAAUCUGAGAAUAUAUUGGAAAAUGAUAGUUCAUUGUUGGGAAUUUAUGGAGGAGCUGGAAACUUGAAACCGGAAACUCAUACGGAUGACAAAUUACGCCAGUUUACUGAAACCAACGAGAAGAAAAAGAAGAAAAAAUUCGUUCCAUUAAGCUGUUGCCGAAGUGCCAUGCUUUCAUCGUCAAGUAGUGGUGGUUAUGGACAAACUGCUGCUCUAAAAACAAUAGAGAAACAGGAUGUACAGGAAAGUAAUCAAUUAGCAAGCAGUAGUUUUCCGCCAUCUUUAUUGGAUCAACCAAUGAUCAUCGUGAAAAAUGGCAAUAGUAUCGCAAUGAGUAGUACCACAACAGUACCACGAUCCACUACACAUCCAUUGAACAAUUAUACUGCUAAGAAUAAUCGGCCAGAAGCACUGUUGAAAAGUAAGUUACCACGACGGACUGGAGAAAAUAGCAUACGUAAAGUUUCUCCUGAAAAGCAACCAGUGUUACUGGAACGUACGCCACUACAGUACUUUGGUGCUGCUAAAAGUUCACGUCGUGAUUCAUUUGACUCAAAAAAAGAAACUAAGAAAGGAAAACGCAUUAUUGAAAGACGAAAUUCAACUGAUGCCAAUCAAAGAACAACAAAUUUUGUAACUGAUGCAAAGCAAGAUACGGGAGCGUAUUCAUCAGGCCAUGGUAGCGAUGAAAAUGGUUCAAUCUAUAGUCGACCACCUUUGACUUUAUUAUCACCUCGUUCCAAUCGACCUCGAAAUCGCGAAAGUUUUUCGGCCAGCAGCGGUUAUGAAAGUGCCACCGGUGUUGAUGUUGUUAAAAAUUAUGGAUCACUUUCAAAAAAACGACUUCUCGAACUAUCACAGACUUAUUCUUCAAAUAAACAUGCAUUAUUGAUGGAUAAGCGAGUUAAUUUAAUGAUCAGACGACAGAAUCGCCUUCGUGAUGACUUACAUGAAGCGAAACGUCUGUUAGGUGUUGCAGAUGAGCAUUUCCUUACUGCAUCCACGUCUAGUCUUCAGGGAGCCACGUUAUUAGAAGCGCUUACUCAGGAAACGCGAAUUUUGGAGAAACGUUUGAUAGCAUGCCGUAAUCAUGCAAUGAUCGUAACGUGCCUUUUGUGA